AUGUUUUAGGUUAAAGAAAUUAGAAAUAAAUUGGAGAACAAUUAAUGGGCUACUUUUUUAGAGGAUAUCUAAAUUUUGGAAGUAGAAAACAAGAUUAAAAUUGAUAAGAGAAACAAUAAAAUUUAAAUGAGAAAUUUCAUUGGAUAAAUACCUUAAGACUUAGAAGAAACAUUUAAUAAAAUAUUUGAUUUUAUAAAAAUCUGGAGUUUGUUAGAAACUUAAAAUCUCAUUUAUCACAGAGGAUUUAGAAAAUAUUGA